AUGUUUAAUAGAUCUGUCUUGAAUUUGAAACAAUUAUUUAAACAAAAAUGUCUACCCGUAUUAGAUGGGUAUACGUGUAUUAUAUCAGAUUGUCUCAUAUGCAACAAUGCAAAACAAGAAUCCAAACUUUAUGUAAAUAAGACAACAGGAUUUUUCAUGUGCGAUAAAUGUAAAUACUCUGGGUCUUGGGAUGUGCUUGAAAAAUUUUUCUCAAUACAGAAAUCAAGUGAGAAACUAAAAGAACUUGAUGUAUGGAAAGCAAAUUUACAGCUGGAAAACGAUUUUAAUAAAGAUUGGAAACAAAUGGUGAAAAAUUGUCACACAAUGAAAGAUUUAAGUACAGAGGAAUAUAAAAGUCUGCUCAUCAAUUUUUCACUUCCGGAAGUUUUACAAGAAGAUAUGAGCCAGUUACAAUGCAUUUACGAAAAAACAUCCAACAUAUUGCACUUUCCAUUAAUAGGUUUAAAUAAUUCUAUUGUUGGAUAUAAAUCCCUUACAAUAGGAUCGGAGCUAGAGCAAACAGUUCCUGCUAUUGGGGUUAGUGGUUGUAUUAAGUACAAACAACAGAACAGUAAAAAUGAUAAUACUGCUGUGGUUGUAGGAACGAUGCAGGACUUGCUAGCUUUGGUAUCACAGAAAUCAGCAAACCUGAUUCUCUGUUUGCCAUACAAUUUGAAAAGUCUACCUCAACAGUUAUUACCUUAUAUGGAAUCCUUCAAGAAGUUGAUUUUAUGGUUUGGGAAUGAUGAAAUAAGUUGGUAUACUGCCAGGCAAUUUGCAAAAAAGUUAAAUGAAAAACGAUGCUAUUUCGUGAGGCCAACGGAUUUACAGCCUGAACCAAAGUUAGCAAACGAUGUGGGUUACGACCUAAAGAGUAUUCUUCAAAACGCACAAUCUAUGUGGCAUAAAAGUAUAACUACCUUUCAACAAUUAAGAGAGGAAGUGUUCAGCGAUUUACUAAACACUGACAAAGUACAAGGUGUGAAAUGGAAAAGAUAUCCAGCUCUAAAUAAGAUACUGAAGGGUCACAGGAGAGGAGAAUUUACAAUUCUAACAGGAUCAACAGGAUGUGGCAAGACAACAUUUAUGAGCGAGUAUUCUUUGGAUUUAGCGAUGCAAGGUGUCAAUACUUUAUGGGGCAGUUUUGAAAUAAGGAAUGCUCGAUUAGCAAGAACAAUGUUGCAACAAAUGGCGAGAGUACCAUUGGAUGAAAAUAUUCAACACUUUGAUUCGUAUGCAGACAACUUUGAAAAAUUACCAAUUUAUUUUAUGACAUUUCAUGGUCAGCAAAGUAUUAAAGUAGUCAUGGAUGCAGUUGAACACGCAACUUAUGUCCAUGACAUAGCUCAUGUAAUAAUUGACAAUGUUCAAUUUAUGAUGGGAACAUCGGAGGACCAUAAACACAUGGACAGAUUCUGGAAACAGGAUGAUAUAAUUUCAAAAUUCAGAAAUUUUGCUACUAAAUAUAACUGCCACGUAACUGCGAUAAUACAUCCAAGAAAAGAACGCAUUGAAGAAGAAUUAACAACUUCGUCGAUUUUUGGAAGCGCUAAAGCAAGUCAAGAAGCAGAUAACGUACUUAUUAUUCAAGAUAAAAGACUGAGUAGUAUUCGAGGCAAAAAAUAUUUGCAAGUAGCUAAAAAUAGAUAUAGCGGCGAUUUAGGUAUCAUGACGUUAGACUUUGAAAAAUCAAGUCUCAGUUAUUCCCCGAAAAUGAAACCAAAAACUGAGAGUACAGAUAAAGAAAAAACCGUAAAGAAGGAGGAGACAAUAAAAUACUCAGAUACUUUGGAUAUAGAAGAAAAUGUUUAA